GUGAGCAGGAGGCAGUCAAGGAACAUUCAGCCGUAGUGAGCCUGCACUGUAUGCUCACAACAGAUCGUUGUCUGGGGCAAGAGGGCAGCAGGCCAUGCAUGAACACACAAACAGAGAGAUAAUGGUGCCCAGCUACUCUUAGGAACUAAAGAGAGUUUAGCUGUCCAUGAUUUCACUGCUAGGCAGUCUACGUCGUUGCUAACAGAGAGCUUUGGAACUUUUGUUUGCUCCUUGAUAGGUUCCAAGUUUUUUGUUCAUCUCAAGCUUUUUUUUUAAAUCAAACAUGGGGUGCUCCUCGUCCAGCGCACAGACUGUUGAUCAGGAGAAAAGACCAGGUACAAAGCCAGAGGAGAGCAAUGGAGAUACAGUGGCAGUCAGAAACGGUAUCAUCGCAGAAGAUGCACAAACCAUCGAGGACCAGAUGCAGCUGCCGGUGCAGACUGCUCUACCAGAUGAUCUUCAACCAGGAACUGAUGAUGAGACAGAGGCUGUGGUAGUGGCCCUGGAGGCCCAGGAGGAUCUUGGCUCUGGAGAGGACCUUCUGGCUGCUCCUGAACCACAGCCAGAACCUGCUGCCCCUGAAGAGUCAGCUCCAGAGGCUCCAGCUGCUGCUCCGGCAGAAGUCUCCCCUGAACCUGAGGCUGCUGUAGCUGUGGUGGAGGAACUACCCCCUGUGGAGGAAGUUGCCCCCGUAGAAACUGUAGUGGCUAAGACCGUGCCUGAGGUCGAAGCCCUUGUUGAGGCUACAGAGAAGGCCCCUGCAGUGGAAUCUGUUGUAGCAGAGGCCCCUGUUGUUGUUGAGGAGGUUAGUGCUGUGGCAGCUGAGGCCUCUCCUGAAGUUGCCACCCCUGCUGUUGAACCUGUUGUAUCUGAGCCAGCAGAGGCCCCAGUGAUUGUGGAAGAGGCAGUAACCGUGGCCACUGAGGUCCCUGCAGAGGUGGCUGCUCCUGUGGAGGCAGAGGUUCCAACUGACAAUGUGGUACCAGAGACUACUUCAGAAACACCAGCUGAAUCCUCGGAACCAGGUGAAAUUUCAGCACCAGCACCAAGUGAGGCUGUGGCAGCAGGUGAAGCUGUAGCACCAGAUGUGGCCCCAGCACCAAGUGAACCCUCAGCGCCUGUAGAGGCUGCAGAGCCUGUAAUAAAUACUGAGAUUGCUGUGGCAACUAUUCCAGAGAUGCCUCCAUUAUCUCCAGUCACAACUGAGGCAAAAGCUGAGACUCAGCCUGCUGCUGCUGAAGAGGCCACAGAGCCUCCUGCCCCACCAGCAGAGGCACCCUGUCCCACAGAGGCUUCUGCUGCUCCAGCUCCAGAAGCUGAAUCUGUUGCUGCUGAGACCUCAGCAUCCACACCAGCCGCUUCAGAGACGCCUGCAGAAGUAGCCCCAGAAGCAUCACCAGCAGCUGCGACCUUAGAGUCCGCGGUGGACAAUGCGGUCCCAGCAGAGGCUCCUGUGGUUGAGCCCACCCCAGCAGAAUCUGAGGCACCCUCAGCACCAGCCCCUGCUGCUGACCCAGUCCCUGAAUCCUCACCUGAAGUGGCAUCUGCAACAGGAGCCACUCAGGAUACAGAGAGCGAGAAAACCAAAAAGGAGGACUGAGUUGGUGAAAGAAAUCUAUGAAAAAAACAAUGAAAACUCCUAAAACUACAAAUGCCAUGUGUACUGGAAGAAAAACACUACAACACUACAUUUACAGUAUUGUCUCAUCAUCUCUCACCAAACCAAAUUACACCAGAAACAUUAAUAUACAAGGUGCCUUAAUAACUUCUAGGAAAGAUCAGGAUUUUUCCUUCAUUUUUAAAUAUAAAUCUUUAUGAUGAGUUUUCCUACUGAGACCUGAGGUGCCUGGAGCCACACGUAGGCCUUUGUAUGCAAAGUGCUAUGAAAACACUUAAGACAGGUAACAUGAGACAAGACAGUGCAAUACUCUGCAAAACCUGUGAACUCUUGCUUUAGAGAUUGUUAACUCAUCAGUGACUAGAGUGGCAGUGUGCUGAAGAGUAGAGAGUGAUUCUUACAUCUUUGACUAUUUAAAGUAGCUGCUUCUGAGGAAUACAAGCCAAACACAACUGUGAAUAAAAUUAUGCAAAGAGAUUGAGGUGACACCCAACUGUGGAAGAACACUUAUCCAAAACUGAUUUUAAAAGUCCUUUUCACAGAUUGAUUUUUUUUUUUUUUUUUUUUUUUUUUUAUUCUGCCAUAAAUCCACAUUUUGUUUGGUGUUUACACAUUAUUUAAUUGCUGCCUUUGUAAUGAGGUUCAUUUAAUUAAUAGGAAUGACAGCACUAAGGAGUGUACAGUGUAAUACUGAUAAGCACUACUGUGAGUCAAAUCCAUAUUCUUUAAAAAAAAAUGACAAUAUCACUGUAUUGGUUUACAUCGAAAAAUCAUGUAUGAAAUAUGUGUUGUGCAAGGAAAUAAAAAUGCAUACAGGUGACUGGAUGCAUGUACAAAAGAUUAGUAAUGAAAUAAUGAAUCAUUGCCAGGUUGAUCUAAGUACUGAUAUGUCAUCCUGCUGUUUGAUGAAGCCAUUUCAUGGAGCUGUACUAUACCUACUCUUGCUGAAAAUGAAGCCAUUUCCAACUACAUUUAAAGGCCUGGCAACAUUUGUGCAAUAUGCACAUUGGUUUUGCUUUGAGUGCAUUACAUCUCCAUACACAGUAGGAGAACACCUAGUGGACAUGAUAUUUAAAUUCUCAUUAAUUCAAAGUCUUAGAAAAUAAUUUUAAUUGCUUAAGAUGUGGUGGACGCUACGGGGAGAAAAAUCUGUUUUAAUGUCUGAUAUCUUCUUUUCAUCUGUUUCUUUCUCUGUAAUAUAUUCAGUCUGUCUGAGCUUUGUCUGUGAUUCUGCUAACCUUUUAGUGUACAGAAUAAAGUUUUACUCACUAAUACAUGUGCUAACUAAAA